AUGAAUCAUUCAGACGGUGCUCAAUCUCCUCCUUUAUUUGGUAUGUAUCCUUUACCAUAUUGGCCAACAAAUUCAUAAUUUCUAUUAAUGAUGAACUUUUAAAAUCCUUUGAUGAGUCCAAUUCAUAAUCUAGGUUCUCCAAUUUUAACUUCCAACAUUAAUUUUCCUUAAUCAAUUAUCAAUUUUGAUGUCAAAUGUGAUCAAUGUAAAGCUUUUAAUUAUAUAUCUAGCAUAAAUUUUAAAGGAUGCACCACAAUAAAAACAACCCUAACAAUAUUUUAGUCAAAUUUAAACUAUACAGUAAUAAAUUGAAGAAAUGAAUUAUGAUGAUAUAACAAUUGAAAAUCUUGAGCAAAUGAUACAUUUAUUAUUUGCAGAUUCAUCUAAAGUCAAAAAGAUAAUCUAGAAACUAAAAGAAAAAAAAUGUGUUAAAGUCAUCAAAAUUUUAGACACUUUAACCAAAAAAAUAAGAUCAUAAUCAAAGAGUAGAGAAGAAUUAAUCAAAUUUUGUUUAAGAAAAGCAUUUAGAGAGAUUUUUCAUGAAAUUUAAGAAAAAAAUACAAAAUCAAGUAAUUCUAUCUUUAUACUUUUAGAACUGAAUCUAAAAGCUGCUUCCAAACUAUUCUAAUAAUCUUAUUAAGCAGAAAAAUCAAAAUAGAUAUCUUUACCUUUUAGAAAAAAUAGCAAAAUAAAAACUAUGAAUAAUCAUUUUUUGCAUGAAUUAUUCUAAUCUAAAUAAUUUAUAGAUUAGUACAAAACCUUUCUGGGUAUUAUUAAUAUCUAUUUUCAGAUAAUCUUGAUGCAAUUAUAGAAAAUGAUAGGAAUAAAAAAAUUAAAGCCUUAGCUGAAAAAUCGUGGGAAUUUAUCUCAUCAAAUAGAAAAGUAUCAUGUUUUAUUACAAUAAUUUUAGGCAUAUACUGUAAAAAGAUUACCAUGGUCUAUUAAAAAUAUAGAAAAACUUAAAGAAACAGCUAAUGAGUUGCUAAAUUACUGUGAUGAAUAAUAAAAAUUAUGA